CUGUCCGGGUUGUGCAAAGUGAGGAACAAACUGUUGUGUACCUCGGUCUUUGUUGCAACCGAGAUUUCGCUGUCUCCCUCCUUGUAUUUCUAUAAUUCACUGGAGAGGAGACGGUCAUUGAAUACAUCCCUGGCUAAGAACCAGCUUGUCCUGAAGGCAUUUGGAAUCUGCACAUGGUGAGCCAAGACAUCAUGAACUCCUCAGCUGACCAGGUUGACACCACAUCGGUGGAAGCCUCCAUGCGCCACAUCGCCAUAGUAACCAACGUCAUCAUUCUGAUCCUGGGCGUUAGCGGCAAUGGGCUGGUGGUGUGGGCCGUAGCCAAGCGGGAGAAACGCAAGACCUUCACAUCCACCUGCUACCUCAACCUGGCUGUGGCAGACCUCCUCUUCUCUGCUGGCCGUAUCCCUGCCCUUGUGCAGGAGAUCAUGCACGGCAGCUGGCCCUUUGGCCUCGCCUUGUGCAAGCUCCACACUUUUGCCCGCUACCUCACGGUCUUCACCAGCGUCUUUGUCCUCACCGUCAUCAGCGUACACCGGUGCCUGUUGAUCGCGAGGCCCAUCUGGGCCCGCAACCACCAGGGCCCUCGCUUUCAAGUCCUGGCAUGCGCUGGGGCGUGGAUCCUAGCUCUCGCCUUCAGCGCCCCUUAUCUGGUGGUGCGCCAUCUUGAAAUAAAAAAUGGAUUGGCCUACUGCGUCUAUCGGGGAGAUCUCAAGAGAGCCACAGACCUGCCCCUGAGGCUGAGCAGGUUCUUUGGAGCAUUCCUGGUGCCCUUCAUCAUCAUCGCUGUGGCCUACUUGGUUCUGAUUUGCAAGCUCCGCGGGCGGCGCUGGGAGGGCUCCCACCGCACCUUCGGUUUGGUGGCCACCAUCGUGGUGCUCUUCUUCGUCUGCUGGCUCCCCCACCACAUCUUUGUACUUCUCAGCACCGUGUCAGAAGAAAAGCACAUGUGGGGGAUUGGGCUCAAGCUGUCGAAUGCUCUGGCGUACCUCCACAGCUGUGUCAACCCCGUGCUGUAUGGCUUCGUGGGGUAUGUCCGAAGCAGGGGUCUCCGUCGGCGGGCUUCUUUCUUGGGACUCUUCCGCAAAGCACUAACUGAAGAGGAUGAAGUCUCCGCUGGGGCAGAAGCAUCACGGAGCCUUAGUCAGAAGGUCUGAGAAGCAGUGAAAGGUUGGGACAUUCUUGCAGGGAAGGCUUUGCCAUGAAAUCCCCUGGCUACUUUACUUUCAGAAAAGAUGGGAGGUUGCAGUGCCUGUAACAAGAGAUCUGGUGAUCAGGAGAGCUGACUUUGAUUCUGUACCUGUGACUUCCUUGAUACUCAGAGCUGGAUCUAGGCUUUAGUGUGCUCUCGAGAAAGAUGACCUCUGCAGGCUUCUUGCCUCCACCUAAACACUGCCCAGUGCCCAUUUUCCUCUGCAUCUGGGCCUAAUUUCAACCACUACCUAGAGCAGUAGGCAGACUAAGGCAGCUGCCUCCAGAAGCAGACAUUAGGUGUUAUGAAAACUGUGUUAUUUAGUUUAAUCGUAUUGUAUUUUUCUGGCAGAGAGGUGUGAGAUAAUUUUUGUUUUUUUUGCCUCUGGAGCCAAAACAACUUGACUAACCUUGGAAACUUUGCACCUUGAUUUAGAACUGAGGGGUGUGAAGCAUCUGCCUUGGGCCACCAGGUGUCUUGGGCCUGCUCUGGCCCAGAAAAUAAUGGCAAAUAUAUUUGAAGAUGACUAUCAUAUUUCCACCCAGUCUCCUCUUAUCCAGGCGAAACAUACCCAGCUCUCUCAACCAUUCCUCAUAAGGCAUGGUUUCCAGACCCUUGAUCAUCUUGGUCGCUCUCCUCUGCACACGUUCCAGCUUGUCAAUAUCCAUCUUAAAUUGUGGUGCUCAGACCUGGUCACAGGACUCCAGGUGUGGUCUGACCAAGGCAGAAUAGAGUGGUACUAUUACUUCCCUUGAUCUGGACAUUAUACUUGAUGCAGCCUAGAAGAACAUUAGCCUUUUCUUUUCUUUUCUUUUUUUGCUGAUGCAUCAUGCUGUUGACUCACGUCAAGCUUGUGGUCAACUAAGACCCCUAGAUCCUUUUCACAUGUACUACUACCAAGCCAGGCGAGCCCCAUCUUAUAUUGGUGCAACUGGUUAUUUCUUUCUAAGUGCAGAACCUUACAUUUGUAUCUAUGGGAAAAUGUUUCAUUACUUUUGGCCCAGUUCUCCAAUCUGUUAAGGUCGUCUGGCAUCCCAGUUCUGUCUUCUGUAGCAUUAGCUACUGCUUCCAGUUUGGUAUCGUCUGCAAAUUGGUCAUAGGGCUUCAGUAAAUUUUGAAAUCAAAUUGAAAUUGGAUUUGAAUUAACUCUUGGCUUUAAUAGGAUGCAUUUGAUGUGAAUUUAAUUUUGGCUUGUUUUAUAUUUUGGUAUUUGCUACAUUCUGUUAUAUUGACUUCCAUUCCAAUCUGCUAAUUGAGUUGUUUUCUGUUUUGCUGUCUUAUGCUAUGGGCUUCCCUAGGGAAAGCAAAAAAGCAGGAUAUAAGCAGCGAAUAAAAUGGAAGAGA